CAACUAUGAUGCCAGUAUAACAGGAACGUCACAUUAUGGAGGCUACUCUCAUGAUGCUGUGGUGUAUGCACUACAAAAAUGUGGUAUUCGUCAUAUUGACACUGCAAAGAGAUAUGGUUGUGAAUCACUCCUGCACAAGGCUAUCAAAGACAGUGGUAUCAAGCGAGAAGAUCUCUGGCUAACGACCAAGCUCUGGCAUAUGGACUAUGGCUAUGAGAAAACAAAACAAGCCUGCUUAGAAUCCUGCAAGAGACUUGGCAUUGAAUACUUAGAUCUUUUUUUGGUGCAUUGGCCUGAUGCUCACAUCCCUGGCAAAAGCAAUCGAGAAGUCAGAGCAGAAACCUGGACAGCCAUGGAGGAGCUGUAUGAGAAAGGCUUAUGCCGCUCUAUUGGAGUAAGCAACUUUCUCAUUGACCAUUUGGAGCAGUUAAAGGAAGACUGCCGGGUAACACCUCAUGUGAAUCAGGUUGAAUACCACCCUUUCCAAAGGCCUCAAGAACUAGUGGAUUACUGCCGGAGCAGAAAUAUUGUUUUUGAAGGUUACUGCCCGCUUGCUAAAGGUGAAGCCCUUGGUCAUCCUAAUAUAGUUCAGCUUGCAAAGAAGUAUGACAGAACUCCUGCACAGAUCUGUAUUCGCUGGAGCAUACAGAAUGGCAUUGUAACGAUUCCAAAAUCUACAAAACCAGAAAGAGUCCAGGAAAAUUGUCAGGUCUUUGAUUUUACUCUGGAAAAAGAAGACAUGGAAUUUUUAGACUCAAUGAACAUCAACAGAAAGCUGAUUCACCUUACCUACCCUUUGUGGAAAGGAUAAUCUUAAACAAUAUACUUGCAAGUGUUAGUUACUCAGAACAUGACCACUGAACUGUCCCAAGCCUUUCUCCACCAACCUGCUUAACACAUUCAGAGCUGUGGCGAAUAACACAUGGUUGUUGAAUAGUGCAUGUACAAGCUUCUUAUUAACAAAUUAUUUAGGUAAUUCAAUGUUCUCAUCUCCAGAUCUCACUAAAAUACCAUUUUGGAAAGUUAUGAGUCAUUCUUCAGUCCAACCAGAUCUGAAUUUUUAAAAAAUUACAUUGCUGAAGACCAAAGACCUCUUACAGUGUGUGGCAGGUGGAGUUUGCUGUUGGAAAUUAGCAGGUCUGGUUUAUUUAAGUUCUUGGUUUUUCCACACAACUAACAAAAUAAUUUUAGAAAC